GAGCGAGGGAGUGGGGGAGUCCCACGCUGCUCGGGGAGGUUCCAGAGCGCAGAGCUGGAGGGCGUGCGGGGCAGGCAAGGGGGUGUGGACAUCAGGUGAGGGAAGACUUGGCUUCAGGGUCGGGGCCCUCGGGCCGAGGUGGGUCUGUCCACCUUUGGACACUACGUAGAUCCUUCUGGUUGUUCCAGACGCUUUGGUGGAUGCGGGAAGGCGAGGCUCAUUUCCUCAUUUGCACCCCAGCAAUCUGGAAUGGAAGACCAUCUGCAGGAGGGGACCUAGAUUGCGGUUGCAAAGAACGGGCAGUCCCUGGGCUCCGUUUGUCCAGCUGGGGAACAGACUGGGCUAUCAAAGGCCUGCAAGCACCUCUUUUAAACCUUCUCUCUCUGGGGGAGGUGCACGCCCCUCUCCAAGCAGCGCCUUUGGCUGAGAGUCUGGUUCCCGGUUCCUACUGGCCCAGAGAAGAAUUUGGAGGUUGCGUGGGUUCUGGAGCUGUUGAAAACCCUCUGGCCCUGCCUGUUCGGGCCUCCCACGUGCAGGCGUUUAGGGGCACAGCCAUCUCUGCGGUCGCCCGGUAGAAGUCUGCUGCUCUCCUGUAACCAGCGGGGAGAGAGCAGAGCUCAGCGCAGUCCCCUUUUUCGGGCCCCGCGCCUUGGCCAGACCCUUCCGGAAGAGACGUCGACUCGUCAGGGCUCCGCGGAGGAGUCCUGAGGUCAGUCACUCCCCUCCUGGGGCACCCCUGGAGCAGUGAGCUCCUAGUUUCCCCGCGGCAAGCUUCGGAGCCCCGAGGAGCGGGACGGGGAUUCCCUCAGCGCAGACUCCGGGUGCAGCUCCUGAGCACAAAGGCCACACCCUCACGGGCCAGGCAUCGCGAGGGAUAGAGCAUUGGCUUCUGCCGAAUUACCUGGAUACCUGAGGCCAUUGAUAGGAUUUUCAGUCUACAUGUGACAUCUUUAUCUCAGAUGCCACUGAACAGAGCCACUGAACAAGGAUCCGCUCCACAAGUGGCCUCUGGAGAGAUUUACCUCCGGUCCUCCUUUUUGUUGACACUGAAAAGACACCUCCUUGAAGCUUUCAGCUCAGUCCUCUCACAAAGAGGCUCAGGUACCCAAGCAAGGACAGGAAUAAUGAAGAGACACGUGUGUUAGUUGCAACCUUUUGAACCAAGCAAGGAGGAAAUCAACAGUGUGGACAGGGCUGGAACAGUUGCCACACUUGCUUGUUGGAGUGAAUGAGGAAUGGGCUUGUGAUUAUGCUGACAUUUCAGCAUGAAUCUGGUAGACCUGUGGUUAACCCGUUCCCUCUCCAUGUGUCUCCUCCUACAAAGUUUUGUUCUUAUGAUACUGUGCUUUCAUUCUGCCAGUAUGUGUCCCAAGGGCUGUCUCUGUUCUUCCUCUGGGGGUUUAAAUGUCACCUGUAGCAAUGCAAAUCUCAAGGAAAUACCUAGAGAUCUUCCUCCUGAAACAGUCUUAUUGUAUCUGGACUCCAAUCAGAUCACCUCUAUCCCCAACGAGAUUUUUAAGGACCUUCAUCAACUGAGAGUUCUCAACUUGUCCAAAAACGGCAUUGAGUUUAUCGAUGAGCAUGCCUUCAAAGGAGUGGCUGAAACUUUGCAGACUCUGGACUUGUCUGACAACCGGAUUCAAAGCGUGCACAAAAAUGCCUUCAAUAACCUGAAGGCCAGGGCCAGAAUUGCCAACAAUCCUUGGCACUGUGACUGUACUCUACAGCAAGUUCUGAGGAGCAUGGCAUCCAACCACGAGACAGCCCACAACGUGAUCUGUAAGACUUCUGUGUUGGACGAGCACGCCGGGAGACCAUUCCUCAAUGCUGCCAAUGACGCUGACCUUUGUAACCUCCCUAAAAAGACUACUGACUAUGCCAUGCUGGUCACCAUGUUUGGCUGGUUCACCAUGGUGAUCUCCUAUGUGGUAUACUAUGUGAGGCAAAAUCAGGAGGAUGCCCGGAGACACCUGGAAUACUUGAAAUCCCUGCCGAGCAGGCAGAAGAAAGCAGAUGAGCCUGACGACAUUAGCACUGUGGUAUAGCCUCCGAGCCGACCAGCGCCGAGAAAGAAAUUUGUUGGCAGUUGCGAUAGGAUAAGUGGUUUACUUCUCCCAUCCAUUGUAAACAUUUAAAACUUUGUAUAUCCAUUUCUUUUGACUUAUGCCACUGUUGAAAUUUUAACAAACAUGACAACAUAAUGAAUCAUUUUAGUUUAGGUGACCUACCCCUUACUUGUACCCCCAGUGGUAUAUUCCUUGAGUAAGCUACUCUCUGAACAUAAGUUAGAUCCAUCUCACUAUUUAAUAAUGAAAUUUAUUUUUUUAAUUUAAAACCAAAUAAAAGCUUAACUUUGAA